AUGAGCGGCCUCCGUUUCCUCGACUUGAUCAAGCCCUUCACGCCCCUCCUUCCGGAGGUGGCAGCCCCGGAGACGAAGGUGCCUUUUAACCAGAAGUUGAUGUGGACCGGGUUAACUUUAUUGAUUUUCUUGGUGAUGAGUCAAAUGCCGCUUUAUGGAAUUGUCUCGUCGGACACCUCCGACCCUCUUUACUGGCUUCGAAUGAUGUUGGCUAGUAAUCGCGGAACGCUCAUGGAAUUGGGUAUCACGCCCAUUAUCUCAUCUGGCAUGGUAUUCCAGCUUCUUGCAGGAACUCACCUCAUUGACGUUAACCUGGAUCUCAAAACCGACCGCGAACUCUACCAAACUGCCCAAAAGCUUUUUGCGAUCAUCCUAUCCUUCGGUCAAGCUUGUGUUUAUGUUCUUACUGGCCUUUAUGGCCAGCCCAGUGAUCUUGGAGCUGGAAUCUGCGUUUUGCUCAUUGUACAGCUUGUCGUCGCUGGCCUUGUUGUUAUCCUUCUGGAUGAAUUACUACAAAAGGGCUAUGGCCUUGGAAGCGGUAUUUCUUUGUUCAUCGCCACAAACAUUUGCGAGUCGAUUAUGUGGAAGGCCUUCUCUCCCACCACUUUUAAUACGGGCCGAGGACCGGAGUUCGAAGGUGCUGUUAUUGCUCUGUUCCACCUGUUGUUGACCUGGAAAGACAAACAACGGGCUUUGCAUGAAGCUUUCUAUCGCCAGAACCUCCCAAAUAUUAUGAAUCUCAUCGCCACCUUGGUUGUAUUUGCCGCUGUUAUCUACCUACAGGGUUUCCGUGUUGAAAUUCCAGUCAAAUCGUCUCGCCAACGUGGCAUGCGCGGCUCCUACCCCGUCCGUCUUUUCUAUACCUCUAAUAUGCCGAUCAUGCUUCAGUCUGCCCUCUGUUCCAACAUCUUCUUGAUCAGCCAAAUGCUCUAUUCUCGGUUUUCGGACAACCUACUAGUCAGACUCCUCGGCGUCUGGGAACCUCGCGAGGGAGGAUCCGCCCAGCUCCAUGCUGCCUCUGGUAUUGCCUACUACAUGUCCCCACCGCUUAACUUUAAGGAAGCUCUCUUGGAUCCCAUCCACACUGCUGUUUACAUUGCUUUCAUGCUUGUCGCCUGUGCUCUUUUCUCCAAGACUUGGAUUGAAGUUUCCGGAUCUGCCCCUCGUGAUGUAGCGAAGCAGCUUAAGGACCAGGGGCUUGUCAUGGCCGGACAUCGUGAACAGAGCAUGUAUAAAGAGCUCAAGCGCGUGAUCCCCACUGCCGCGGCGUUUGGUGGAGCCUGUAUUGGUGCUUUGUCCGUGGCUAGCGACCUCUUGGGCGCUUUGGGAAGCGGCACUGGUAUCCUCCUGGCUGUAACAAUCAUAUACGGCUACUUUGAAAUCGCCGCCCGGGAGGGUGAUUUUGGCGCAGGCCUGAAGGGUCUUGUGCCUGGUAACUAA